CAUAUGACACCAAGCCCAUCAAACCGCACGCACAUACGCUCUGAGAUACAGCUGCAGACUGAGAGAACAACUCACAGACCUGUAAGAUGUCAGGUAUUGCAGCUAAGCUUCAGCACAACCGGGAGAAAUCUCAGGGAAUUGGAUCCAACUCUCAUGCAGUGAAAUACCUGAACCAGGACUUCCAGGAACUGAGGAGAAGCUGUGUGGAGAGAAGGCAGCUUUUUGAGGAUGACUACUUUGAUGCUGUGCCUACAUCCUUAGGCUUCAACGAACUUGGACCAAGUUCCUAUAAAGUUCGUGGCAUCACCUGGAAGAGACCUGCGGAAUUGUGCUCCAAUCCAAAAUUCAUAGUUGAAAAUGCUACUAGGACUGAUAUUUGUCAAGGAGCACUUGGUGACUGCUGGCUCCUGGCAGCUAUCGCCUCCUUGACACUCAACAAACAGGUUUUGCACCGUGUUGUACCCCACAACCAAAGCUUUGAGGAAAACUAUGCGGGAAUCUUCCACUUUGAGUUCUGGCAGUUUGGUGAGUGGGUGGAUGUGGUGGUUGAUGAUCGUUUGCCCACCAAAGAUGGAAAACUGCUGUUCGUUCACUCAGAGGUUGGAUCGGAGUUCUGGAGCGCUCUGCUGGAGAAGGCUUACGCUAAGCUGAACGGAUGCUACGAGGCCCUUUCUGGGGGCAGCACCACCGAGGGCUUCGAGGACUUCACUGGUGGAAUUGCUGAGAGGCAUGACCUGAACAAGGCAGACCGCCAUCUUUUCAAAAUCAUGAAGAAGGCCUUGGCCAGAGGCUCUCUUCUUGGAUGCUCCAUCAAUAUCACCAGUUCGGCUGAUUCAGAGGCCGUCACAAGUCGCAAGCUGGUGAAGGGCCAUGCUUACUCUGUGACCGGGGCAGAGCAGGUAGAGUACAAAGGAGGAAUGGUGCAGCUGGUCAGGAUUAGAAACCCCUGGGGUCAGGUGGAGUGGAAUGGAGCCUGGAGUGACAGUUCCUACGAGUGGAGAAAUGUGAGCAACGCUGAUCGCCAGAGGUUGACCAACCGCAGAGAGGACGGAGAGUUCUGGAUGUCUUUUUCUGACUUCCUGCAUCAGUAUUCCAGCCUGGAGAUCUGCAACCUCACCCCAGACGCCCUCACAGACGAGUACACAAAAUGGAAGGAGGUAGAGUUUGAGGAAUCAUGGAGACGGGAUGUGUCGGCUGGAGGAUGCGCAAACUAUCCAAAUACUUUCUGGAUGAAUCCUCAGUUUGUUAUAAAGCUGGAUGAGGUGGAUGAUGAACUUGACGAUGAUGAGGAGGGCUGCACCGUCAUUGUGGGCUUGAUGCAGAAGAAUAAGCGUCGUCAGAGGAAAAUGGGGGAGGAUUUGGAGACCGUUGGCUUUGCAGUUUAUGAGCUGCCUGAGGAGUUCUCUGGAAAAAGACAGGUACACCUGAAGAAGAGAUUCUUCCAGCAAAACCGUUCAGCAGCACGCUCCAAGACCUUCAUCAACCUGCGGGAAGUGUGCAACCGCAUCAGCCUUCCCCCAGGAGAGUAUCUCAUCAUUCCCUCCACCUUUGAGCCCAACAAGAAUGGCGACUUUUAUGUGCGGGUGUUCUCUGAGAAAGAUGCAGAUUUCCAUGAGAUUGAUGAUCCUGUGGAGUGCCACGUCGAGAAGAUUGAUAUUGAUGAAGACGACAUCAGCGACAGAUUCAAGAGGCUGUUCGGACAUCUUGCUGGACAUGAUGUGGAGAUUUCUGCAUUUGAACUGCUUCGAAUCCUCAACAGAGUGGUUACACAGCGAGAGGACAUCAAAACCAACGGGUUUAGUCUGCCGACCUGCCGCAACAUGAUCAACCUGCUGGAUGAAGAUGGAAGUGGCAAACUGGGACUGGUAGAAUUUAAGAUCCUGUGGACAAAGAUCGAGAAGUUCUUGGAUCUGUACAAAAAGAGAGAUGCAGACCGAAGCGGCUGCAUGAGCUCCACUGAGAUGCGGAUGGCUGUGGAAGAAGCUGGUUUCCUGCUCAACAAUCCUCUGCAUCAAAUCAUCGUCGCUCGCUACAGUGACUCCAACCUCACCAUUGACUUUGACAGCUUUGUCAGCUGCCUAAUUCGCUUGGAGUUGCUCUUCGACACGUUCAAGACAUUGGACAAGGAUGGGGAUGGCGAAAUAGAGGUGAAACUAAUGGAGUGGCUGAAUCUGACGUUGGUGUAGAGGAGCUCUGAACGCCGACGCACACAAAUGUGUGUUGAGGAGUCACCAUCUCCUAACAUUGUGUUUUUUGUUAUUUUGUUAAAUUGUGGUUUGCUUCCAACUUAAACAUUAGACAAUAAAUGAUUACUGACGCUUU